UGACAUAAUGGAAUUUUUAGGGCUAGAAAGCUAGCGAGGUCUGGCGCUGCGCAUAGCAGUCGUGCCAUCGGGAAAAGACAAUAUCAUAACCUAACGCGCGCUAUAGAGGCACAUCAGAGCCCCCCAGGCACAACAGCUCAGCUGAAGCGGUCGACUGAAAGAGUGAGUGAUAAGAGAGAGUAAAGGGAAUAAGGAGACUGGAUUACACCAAAUAAGAAUCAGCUGAUUUCCUCAUGUUUCGAUGUGACUGGUUCAACAAACGUUAAUGCAUAACGCUCAACACUCCCUCUUAUGAGGGUGUAGAAUGGAAACGAGCCUCUACACAGGCACCCUGGUGAAUACUCCGAAGGUCUCCAGCAUCUAUUCCCAGAGCACGAUGAUGAAGAAGGAGGCUAAUCUGAACCUAGACAAUCAGAACUCCGAACUCAAAUCAAACCCGCUCCGGGACGCAGACGCACUUCUCAACUCCUCAGACUUAGGACUCCUGAAACUAACCUCUCCGGACCUAGAGCGCCUUAUUAUCCAGUCCAACGGUCUAGUCACCACCACUAACCCGAGUUCUCAGUUCCUUUACCCGAAGUCAGCGAGUGACGAGCAGGAAUUCGCGGAAGGUUUCGUCAAGGCGCUGGAGGAUCUUCACAAGCAGAACCAGCUGAGCGAAACGGGGUGCGUCUCAGUGGACAGACUGGAUCUCCUCGGAUCAUCUAGCGCAGCCGGGUCCGCCAGUCUUCAGGCAUCAGACCUUCCUGUAUACACUACGCUGAACGGCUACGCGGCCAGUCCGCUGGGAGCUACCACCAUCAACUAUUCCACGGACACCAUUCCCUUCCCGCCGCCGCCGUCUCAUCUAGCCAGCGCGCAGCAACAGGCGGCCGCUGCGGCUGCUCUAUCACGACUCCAGUCUGUCGGCGCGGUGAAGGACGAACCUCAGACGGUGCCAGACAUGCAGAGUUUCGGGGAGAGCCCUCCUCUGUCUCCCAUUGACAUGGACAACCAAGAGCGCAUCAAGGCGGAGAGAAAGAAGCUGCGCAACAGGAUAGCUGCCUCCAAAUGUCGCAAGAGAAAACUGGAGAGGAUCUCUCGGCUGGAGGACAAGGUCAAGACCCUGAAAACGCAGAACACCGAGUUGGCCUCUACAGCCAGCGUCCUCAGGGAGCAAGUGGCACAGCUGAAGCAGAAGGUGAUGAACCAUGUUAGCAGCGGAUGCCAGCUUUUACCAAAUCAGGUCCAGGCUUAUUAAUUCCAAUAAUGGUGCUCUUAAUUGAUGUUUUACAGCUCCAAAUAUGGCCCGAGGAUACAGGCCUGCAUUAUAAGGAACAUUUGCCUUCUGUAACUGACAAUCCCUGUCAAGAGACGCAUAAUGCGAGGCCAAUGUAAAUGCAUCCCUCGGGCUAUAACUCGGAAACAUAAACAGAAACUUUUGCAGUACAGUGCAAGGAAUCGAACAGGCCUCGAUAAGAGCUGCAAGUCAACUGGAAAACGAAAGCUGGUAUGGACUACAGCUUGCAGUGUUUUGCAGCAAACAGACUGACUUUUAUGUCCUUUUUCUGGGAAAGCCAUGUAGCAAACCGCUAUCCACUGAACGGGUAUAGCCUUUAUCUGCGUGUAAGCUGGACAAUCUCAACGUGGGCGCAACCAAAACACCGGGGUGGCACCAAGUGCUGUCAUCCACCGUGUAAUAUAAUGCCUUACUUGUUUACAAGCACUUAGAAAUUACAAAUAUAUAUAUUUUAUUUACUGAAACGUUCUUAUUUUGUCUACAGUCUUAUUUCUUUUUUGAAAAAUGAACACUGCAUGUCUUGUCGCUUCUGUGUACAGUAACCAUUGUAUUUUUCAUUAUGGUGGCUUCUCCUGUAGUUCUUCAGUCGCCAGACUUCUAUGAAUGUAUGUGUAUAUGCUGAGAAACUCCAUGUAUCAUGUGUAAUGAACCAAACUGCCAUUUAUUAAAUUCACUACAUUACUAAA